AUGGUCGGCUUCGACUCGGACCACAACAUUCGUUUUCCGGUUCCGGAGCUGUUUUGCGAUGGUCAGACGAUGGACGGCGGGGGCGGCGGUCGCUGGCACCACAUUGUCCUCGUCCUCAAUCGGACGCUGCUGAAGAACUCCACGCUGAACGUGUACAUUGACGGGAGGGCGAAGUUUCUGCCCACUCACCCCUCUAAUCACCACCAUGGUCAUCAGCAGCAGUCGAGCAGCUACAAGCUGCACUACAUAUCGUCGAUUGUGGGCGGCCAGCCGGGCAUCGCCAACACCAGCCCCCUCUACAUCAACGCCUUCAUCGGCACGCCGCCCGCCCACCGCCGUCUCCCCUCGAGUCUCCUCUGGAAGCAGGGGCCCUGUCACCUGGUGGAGGAGCUCCUGCAGCCCUCCUUUGUUGCCUACAUCUUCAUGCUGGGGCCGAACUACAUUGGCAGCUUCCAGGCGGUCAACUACCUGCCCGGCGGAAGCAUGGCGCAGUCGAUCGCUGAGGACCGACUGAUCUUUGGGCUGAACUCCCGCGCCACCUCGAUCAUGACGCUGUCGAAGAUGCGCCGCGUCUACUCGCGCUUCGACUGCAAGCAGAUCGCCAAGAUCAUCGGUAUCUCGUCGCACGAGAACGCCACGCCUAUCUACGUGCUGCACAACUCGGCGGGCCACCUGUGCGGCCCCAGCCGCCCCCUCGGUGGCGUGCUCAUCGGCAACGUCGGCGCCCGCUGCUUUGUACCGAAGCAGAUCACCCUCACCUUCAGCGACAUUGGCGGCGCCUACCCGCUGCUGGGGCUGAUUGCCAACGCCGCCAGCAUGGAGGCGCUAUACGCGGGCGUCAAGGCGCUGGUCUGCGUCCUGCGGGCGAAUGUGGAGCUGCAGCUGGAGAUGGAGCGCAUCAACGGCUACCAGACGAUGGCGAUGCUGCUGAGACGGAAGCGGCCGCACCUCAACUCGCACAUUCUCCACCUGCUCUUUGAGCUCAUUAGCAGUCUCAAUGUACGGCUGCUCUAUCAGCUCUCGAGGACGAUGUACAUUAGCAGCGGUGGAGGGGCAAGUGGAUCUUUGGAUGGUUCGGGUUCAGCAGCGGGAGGAGGAGGUGGCGGUGGCGGAAGUUCAUCUUCAUCUUCUUCCUUUUCUUCAAGUGGAGGUCACCCGGCCAACUACCGCGCCUUCAAGGAGCUGCUGGUCGACUCGAUUGACCUGUGGAUUCAGGCGGACCUGCUGAAGACGGUGCUGGAGCACCUGCACGAGAUCAUCUACGAGUCGAGUGCCGCCAGCUCGCCUGAAACAGUAGAAAGUAGUCGCAAAGAACUGGAGGAGGACGUCGAGGAGGAGGAAGAGCCGAGCAGCGACUACACCGUCACGCUGCGAAACUCCCUCCUCAAAGUGGUACUGCAGCUGAUGAGCCGCAACAGCAGCCCCAAUGUGAACGCGGCCAUGGCGGAGGAGCUGGUGCGCGUCCUUGGCUUUGACUGGUUCCUCCUCUUUCUGGGACGGGGGCUGAACGCGGAGACGACCACUAUUGGAGCGGUCAAUCUGAUGCUCGUCCUCUCCAACAGUACGCUAUUUUUGCGUUUUAAAGAUGGCGGCGGAGGAGGUGGUCACCACUACAAUGGAGGAUGGCUGAAAGACGCCAACUCCUUCAUAGCGAACAAGGGCGGCCUGCAGCUGCUGGGCUUCAACAUUUCCACCUCCUCCUCGUCGGAAUCAUCCUCUCACCCGGAGAACUCGGGAGGUCAACAGAAAGAUCAACAAAGCACAAGUGCUGGAGGUCAUCGACAAAGUCGCGCCAUCAACUCCAUUCAGAAGGAGCUGCUGACGCUGCCCGGCUUCCAGCACCUCAACUGGCUUCUGGCCGCCCACUGCUACAAGCCCAAGGUCUACCUCAUCCUCCUGCAGACGAUGUUCGGCUACUACCGACCGAGCAGCCUGACGCCGGCCACGCUGGAGAAGAUUGAGCAGUGCACCGAGCUGACCACCGACAGUCUGAUGCGGGCGCUGAUGGGCGGCGGGGGCGGCGGUCGCAAUCCGAAGACCUUCAAGAGCGAGGAGAUGGUCUGCAAGGAGCUGGCGGUGGCGGUCUUCGCCCUCCUCAACGCCGUCUUCUGGUCGCCGCCCGGGGGCCGCCACGCGCUGAAGUACCGCGAGUACCCGCGAGUGCUGAUGUACUUUGUGCGGUACCUGUACAGCAACAACCGCGACUUUCGCUUCUACUGCCAGGGCAACGGGGACCUCCUGAAUGCCCUCUGCCGCUCGGUGAUCAGCAAUCCGCUGACGGGCGUGGAGACGGAGCUGACCGGCCACGAGGGCGCCCAGCUCGUCUUUGACUUUAUCCUCACUAUUUUCGUGAAUGUCAUCAACACUGGGCAUCCAAGUGGAGGUGGAAGUACCAGUGGAGGCCUAAGUGGCUCCCUGUCAGGACUGACCAAUGUGGCGACGACGGCGCUCUUCUCCAGCCAAAAACCGAUCACCACUUUUGAAGCUAUUCUAGCCGGUUUUGCACCCUGUCGCCAGGCGCAGACGCGCUUCCUCUCGCUCUUCAUGGACACGGUGAUCAGCUCGCAGGAGUACAACAGUUUUCACCACCCUCAGCAUCAUCAGCAGCAGCAGCUGCCUCCUGAAUCGGCCACCAUCAUCCUCAACUUCAGCCACGCCUUUGCCAACAUCGUCCUGAUGAUGUCGACGGUGGUGGAUCGGCUGUGGGCCAACGCCUAUGUCGACGACCGCAAGAAGGUGCUCGAGUGUCUGGUGCGCAUUCUUCGCGUGCACGCCGCCAACGAGUCGGCUAAAGGAGCCGGUCAACAGUCAUCCUCCACUUCUUCCGCCUCCGCCACCUUCACCAAGUCCCUCAAGUCGCUCACCUUUCAGCUGUCCGAGGUGACGCUGCUGUACAAGAGCGCCAACCGCUGCCUGCUCUACCUGAUCUCCCGCUCGGUGGACUCGAUGGCCGACCGGAUGUUCAUCUUUGAGGUGCUGCAGCUGCUGUACCAGCACCGGGCGGUGCUGAUCACCUCAAAGGCGAACAGCGACGCGGAGUUCUUCAUCUGCCUGACGCACUGUCUGCUGCAGCUGAUUGACGCGGAGGCGAUCAGUCUGGCCUCUUCGGCAAACAAAAGCUUAGGAGGAGGCGGAAAUAGUCGGUCUGGAGCAGUGCCCAGCAACUCAACCUGCAACUCCACAGCCUUGUGGACAGUGAUGCCUCGGAAGGACGCUCUCUACUGGACCUCCAUUCACGCCUCCAUCAUCCGCGACUUUGUGGAACACCAGGUGCGCCAGAAACGGAUUCUCGACUACCACCUGAAGAAGUACGUGUUGACGGAGUGGCUUAACUACGAGUACGAGUUUCUCACCAGGGAGAAGGCCAUCUGGGGGCCGACCUACGGGUCACGCCGUCUGGACAAGUGGAUGCUCGACAUGACCGAGGGGCCGAACCGGAUGAGGAAGAAGAUGAUUCGGAAUGAGCAGUUCUACACCCACUACCCCUACCGGCCGGAGUUUGACGCAAUGGACGCGCGGAUGAUCAAGUUCAAGUCGCCGGUGUCGCACGACUCGAAGGAGUACUACCGGCGGGUGUACUCAGAGCGGUACUUUCACCUCGACAAGCUGGAGGGAGGAGGGCAGCAGUCUUUUGAGCUGGAGGUGACAGUGGACGGAGUUGGUGGUGGUGGUGGUGGUACUCCCGUUCGAUCGGCCUGCAACUCCACCAGCAGUCCAAAGGCUGCUUUUGGGGGUGGUGAUGGCCGAAGAACGCCAUUGAGUUCGGCUCGAGUCCUGCGCACCAAGUCUUCCUCCGACUACGACGACAAUGACGGGCCGCUGUCCGCCGGAGACGCCUUUGACGGCUCCGCUUCCUCGGACGCCUUUGACCUGCUCUCCGAGUACGUGGACGUCAACUCAUCGGAGUUGGAGGGCGGCGCUGGUCCGGCUACUCCGGGAGGAAAGCAGGCAAGUGGGGCGAACGUUAAGAAGGAGGAAGGGGAGCAGAAUGACAACGAGGCGAUACUGCGUUUGCUGGAGGAGGGCGAAACCAUCUCGCACAUGUUCCGCGUGGCCCGCGUCCAGGGCCUGGACUCUUUUGAGGGGCUGCUCCUCUUCGGAAAGGAGCACUUCUACCUGGUGGACGGCUUCACACUGCUCAAGUCGAGGGAGAUUCGCGACAUUGACUCGCUCCCUGCCAACCUCCACGACCCGAUCAUUCCCAGCACGACGCCCCAGCCCUUUAGCAGCAGCUCCUCUGCUGCUUCUGCUGCUUCGACUCGCCAGGUAACCAAAAAGGUGUGUAGCAAGUUCGCCUACGAGGACAUCAAGGAGGUGCACAAGCGGAGGUACCUUUUGCAGCCCAUCGCCCUGGAGCUCUUUUCGCUGGACGGCCGCAACUCGCUGGUGGUCUUUCCGCGGCACCUUCGCAACAAGGUCUACUCGAGGUUCCUUUCGGUAGCCGUUCACAUCACCGACAACGCCGCGGACUCGUUGAUGGGCCAGAAGAGGAGUGCCAACGUAGAGACAGGCGGGCUGCUCAGUAACUUUAUCGGCGAGACGUCGGUCACGCAGCGGUGGGUGCGCGGCGAAAUCUCCAACUUUCAGUACCUGAUGAACCUGAAUACGCUGGCCGGCCGGUCGUACAACGACCUGAUGCAGUACCCGGUCUUUCCCUGGAUCGUCGCCGACUACAGCAGCCCGGAGCUGGACCUCUCCAACCCCGCCUCCUUUCGCGACCUGAGCAAGCCCAUGGGCGCGCAGACCACCGAGCGGCUGGAGCAGUUUAAGAAGCGCUUCAGUGAGUUUGACGCAGACACCAACAUGAAGGGGGGACCCUAUCACUACGGAACGUUUUACUCGAGCGCCAUGAUCGUCGCCUCGUACCUCGUCCGCCUGGAACCCUUUACGCAGCACUUUCUCCGCCUUCAAGGAGGCCACUUUGACCUCGCCGAUCGAAUGUUCCACUCGGUGGGCGACGCCUGGCUGUCAGCUGCCAAGCACAACAUGGCCGACCUGAAGGAGCUCAUUCCUGAGUUCUUCUACCUGCCGGAGUUUCUGCGCAACUCCAACCGUUUCGACUUUGGCGCCAAGCAGAAUGGCGUUAAGCUGGACGACGUGGUCCUCCCGCCCUGGGCAAAGGACGACCCAAGGGAGUUUAUUCGCGUGCACCGGGCGGCGCUCGAAUGUGACUAUGUUUCUGCCCAUCUCCACGAGUGGAUUGAUCUCAUCUUUGGCGCCAAGCAGAAUGGACCGGCCGCCGUGGAGGCGACCAACGUCUUUCACCACCUCUUCUACGAGGGCAACGCCGACAUCUACAACAUUGACGAUCCGCUGAAGAAGAACGCCACCAUCGGCUUCAUCAACAACUUUGGCCAGAUUCCGAAGCAGCUCUUCAAGAAACCGCAUCCAAUGAAAAAGGUCUUCAGCUUUGGAGGCGCUGGCGGUGGGGGCAGUGGCUCAGGCGGCCACUCCUUCGGUCCCGCCGGCAGCAAGGUCUUCAUCCACUACCUCGACCACCUGCGCCCCUCCCUGCAGCCGAUCAAGGAGCUGAAGGGCGCGGUGGGGCAGAUCAUUCAGCAGGAGAAGGCGACGCUGCUGGCGGUGGAGCAGAACAAGGUGCUCAUUCCGCCCGCCUUCAACCGGUACGUCGCCUGGGGCUUCGCCGACCACAGCCUCCGCAUCGGGCCCUACGAGUCGGACCGGGCGUUGUACGUGUGGGAGAGUGAGCUCUUUCCCCCGAACGGGGAGAUCCUCUGCUCGACGGUGCCCAACUCGAGGGUCAUUGUGACGGCAGGGACGAACUCGGUGAUCAGCGUGUGGCGUUUCAAGGGCCGGCAGGCGCUGGUGCUUAGUCUGGUGCAGAAGCUGUAUGGGCACACGGAGGCGGUCACUUGUCUCGCUUCGUCGGCCAGCUACGGGAUCAUCGUCAGCGGGUCACGCGAUCGGACCUGUAUUCUCUGGGACCUCAAUCGACUGGUCUUUAUUCGCCAGUUGGGCGGCGGGCCGACGCCUCUGCACGGCUGCCCCGUGGCGGCCAUCGCCAUCAACGACCUGACCGGCGACAUUGCCACCUGCUGCUCGACGAUGCUCUACCUGUGGACGAUCAACGGCGAGCUGAUUGCCAGCGUCAACACGCUGCAUGUGCCCGUAUCGGCGAACUGCUCGCAGAUACUGUGUCUCGCCUUUUCGACGUACAACGAGUGGGACGCAAACAAUGUCAUCCUCACCGGCUCCUCUGACGGAGUCGUCAAGCUGUGGACGGUGGCCUACGUUCAAGAGCAG